GCGCGCGCACCGUUCAUGGCGGCCGCGAGUCGCGGUCGUCGCGGAGUCGUGGUGGGCUGGUGGGACGUGGGUCCGUUCGUAUUUCGUAUACGUGCAGCAGGCGACAGCGGUCCCUCGGCCGAUUCCCCCGAGUCCGAGUCCACGUCGCGCCGAUCCGCGUCCGAGAAGACACGGCGAGGCUCGAGCUCGGCUUUCGUCAGUAGCGUACGGCAACCAACCAGCAAGACGAAGCUCAAAAUGCCACUGAGCUCGAGCUCGAAGAAAUCAUUAUGCAUACUGCCUGAAGUGAUUAAUCACGAAAGAAAAGGCAAUCAUGCUGCCCUCACACCGCUGGAAGACAUGUCCGCGGGACGAGGGCAGGCAGGUGGAGGGCCUCCUCAGCAUUGUCAGAAGGUUUUUAUACAGCGCGACUACAGCGAAGGUACUAUGGUCAAGUUCCAAACGCGGUUCCCUACAGAACUGGAAAAUAGAUUGGACAGACAAUUGUUCGAGUACACGAUCAAUCAGUUGAACAACUACUUUGUCGAGGCAGAGCGUGCCAGUUGUUCUACGUACUGCGAGAGCUGCCUAUACUGUCUCACGGGUUAUCUGAUAAGCAUAUGCACCGAGACACACUACGAAAAGUGUCUGCGCAAGGUCGCCAAGUUCGUCAGCGAGCAAAACGAUCGAGUGUACAAGCCACGCGGCCUCCUGCUGACGGACCCAACAACUCGCGGGCUCAGACUAAUAGAGAUCUCGGUACUGGAUAGACCUGCGUCGUGACUGCAUAUUAGCCGAUCCAGGGAGUUCUUCAUGUGACCCUCCGCGCAGUACUCUGGACAUUACCUCGCCAGAAUCAUGGACAUGCACGCGUUCGUGGGUGCCUGUCGGCACAAUUACGGGGCAUGCCGGUUGGUUUGAGUCAUUUUUGUAAGGUGCAGAAAUCCUGCAAGGUUUGAAGGAACAAAUUUUCCGUCGAUAUCUUGUGGGCCGCAAGUUGUUCAGAUGCACCUUGCACAAUUAAUCUUGCCGAAUACGCGUGUAAUGAACUGAAGCUCUCUUGCCGUCAGGUUGUGCCUUGUACUUAGGUUUAAAAGUUAAAUGUAGAUUGGUGGACAGAUUUGUAAUAUAUGUACAGAGACCUGCGGGAAACAGGGACACACGCGGGAAUAUGCGCGAUUAAUUUGUGGGGAUUUCGUGGAAAUUAAUUGUGACAAAAUAAGCUUAUACAAGGUCGACCUAAUUGCGGCAAGAGAGUCUCGCGUUCAUUCGCAUUCGUGGUGUCUCGAUCCUAAGUGGUAGCUGCUGCGUUUACGAGGGUGGGCGUGCAUCGAAGCGCGUGGAUGUGUAACGAAGCCGUGGCACUUCCUAUAAGUUCAAUUUUCUAUAUGCGUACACAGAACAUAUAACAUACGAAAGUAUAUGAAGUAUAUGGGGCGAAUCAGGAUGCGGUAGGAAAGUGUAAGUCGCGUUCGUAAACGUUCGUGAACGACGCGAGUUAGCUUACCGCGAGCCGCCACGUUGAUUUGUCACGUAUACGACGGGGUCUAUACAUAUUUUUUUACUGUUCAUUUAUGACUUUAUCGUAUCAUCUGCAUUUAAUUAAUGAGACGUGAAUGAGAUGCGUGUCUGCGUGAAUUACUUAGCGAAGAGAUGGCAUUCGAUGUUAGCGUCUGUAGCGCGUGUUUCGUUCAGGUUCCGCCCAACUGAGAACCUCGAUUACGAGUGAGCCUCGUUCUCGACGAAUGUUGACAAAUUCUCCGAAUUUUUCUCAUCUUCCGCGACGUAUCUUCCAUUGCGUUUGUGUAUCCGCGCGUAAAAAGCGUAAAAAGUUUUUUCGCAUAUGUAAAUUGAGUGGGAUGUUCAGCUCGUCGCGCAUGUGGAUGCCUCUCGACAGCGAAGACAGUAGAUUCGAUUAACACAAACAUUCGUCGCGCCGUAAAGAAACCCGAGGAUUGGCUAAACAAAACAAAAACGAGAAAAAGAAAUUGUGUAAAAAGCGAGGGUGAUAUAAAAAGUAAGUUACGUUACAAAUUGAUUGGCAUUGUGAUCAAGGCGAAACCGUUUGCGAUGCAGCGCGAAAUUUCAUACGCUUUAGUCCGCUUUCUCAGUCGAAACUGGAUACCCGUCGCGACGCUGGAUGUUUUCCGUAUUUUCCGUUCCCGCUAAUUAGUUGUAAAUAAUAAUGAUCUCAAACGAUACAACGACUCAACACCAUGUCUACCUUUACUUUCUCUUACGCGCUUCGGGAGCCUAAAAUAUCGUAACACGCGAGACGCAACGCCAGGAGAAUUCUUUUCCGGCACGAUUGUUUCAAUUGGGGACGCAUCGCGCGAAUGUGUUAAACCGGUCCACUAUCGACUAGCUCGAUUUCCAGCGUAACGUGAGCCUCGCGUGAAGAUCUCCACGGCAUCGGAAUUCGAGCUUGUCGAAGUGCUUUAUCUGUUGAAAGUCUCGAUUUUACGCGCGCUUCCCGCAGCAUCGCGUACAACGGUGGUUACGAAUUCCUUUCGUUCUUGAUCACAAUGUCCGCGGAGCCUGUCCGACGUUGUAAUGCGAUGUUGUUUGCUGAAAGGAUCUUGCCAAAUAAACGCGUCACUGCCUCGGCGUACGAUUUCCUAGCGCGUACGAGCGCAUGGAGGAGACGUAUGGGCCGGAGAUCGUCGAAGGGAGAUCGAGUGAGAGAAAGGUGAUGCCGAAAAGAGAAAGGGGGGAAAAAAUAAAACGAACAAACGGGAAGUCGCAGGAAAGAAGUCUCCCGGGAAAUUACGGGAAGUUUCCCGUUAGCCAAUUUCUUUUGGACGUCGCAAUAUCACGUGUAUAAGGGCUCUGACUGCAUGUGCACGCGCGCGCGCGCGCGCGCAUGUUGCAUAUAAUGUAUGUAUAGUGAAUUAUAAUCGUCGACACGAAGUAUAAGGAGACGGAAGGAAGCAAAAAGAAAAGGAGAGACCGUUUGUUAUACUUAAUUUAAUUUAGUAGGACCAAUAUUGGAUUGAUGAUCCGUAACUGUAAAGGACACCAUCGUACGAGAGUGUAAUUUCUAAAUGUUUUAAUAAUAAAAACGGCGUAAAUAUAA